ACUGUGAUUUAAGAGCAGACGACUGGCUGUACCGGAGCAUGGGCAGGAGUGACUUCACCCUGCAAACAAAAUGCUGCUUGUAGCUUCAGCGUUGCUCCUGGCCCUGCUGCCUCCCUCCGGCGCCCGGCCCAGCCCCAGCCUGGUCCCUGCUGACUGUACCACAGUGGAAGCAGAGGCAGCGGUGGCCCUGGACCUGCUCAACAGGCACCGCAGGGACGGCUACGCUCUGGGGCUCUUCCGUGUCGCCGACGCACACAGACUGCUCCUCGGAAAUUCCUCAGUCCUCUACUUAACUUUGGAUGUGCUGGAAACGGAAUGCCCUGUGUUGUCCAGAAGACACUGGCAGUCCUGUGGAUACAGUGACACCUACUCCAUGGACUAUGGGCAGUGUAAGAUUGUCACAUAUACAAGGCAGCUGCUGAAGAGGCCUCAACUAUAUGGAUUUAAUUGUACAUUAAGUCCAGUUCCUCCUGAUCUAUUAGACUGCAAAGAUUGUCCUGAGAAAGUUGAAGCCUUAGAAGUCACCGAGCAACAUAAAGAUAUUGCUGCAAAGGCCCUGGAGAAAUUCAACAGGGAGAGUAACCACACAAACUACUUCAACGUGGACAAAGUUGAAAAGAUUUUAAAGCUGACUGCCUCCCAUGAAGGUUACAUUUUAGGAUUCUCUAUAAAAGAGACCAACUGCUCCAAACUGGCAGAAGCAGCAGAUGAGGUGGGGGAAUGUGAUUUUCUGGAUGACUGGCACGCUCACGUGGGAUUCUGCAAGGCGAGAAUGACCAGUGAUGUGGAGGGCCCUGAUGGGACAGCCAUAAGCUGUGAGAUCUACCAUCACUGCCAGCAUCACCGUGGGCAAAGAUGCAGACAUUCAACUCUGGGACACCCCCAUCUCCAUCAUCAUUCUGGUCACAGACACCAUCCCAGGCAUCAUCACAGGCAUGGAUGUCCACCCUCUUCUCAAUCCAGACCUGAAGACUCUGAGCAUAACCAUAGUUUCAACAAAGAACAUCAAGACAGCCAUGAAGGACCUGCUCCUCCUCCCCCCCACGAUGGACCACAUCACCACCUUCACCCGCCACACCAUUGUCCUCCACCUCCUCCUCAUGGUGGACCACAUCACCACCCUCCUCCUCCUCCUUCCCAUGAUGGUCCACAUCCUCCUCCCCAAGAGAAGCACCAACAUCCCCUUUCUGCUCUUCCUCCAGAUGAUGAACAACAUCAUCUUCCUCCUUCUCAAGAGAAAUUACAUGGUCUCCCUUCUCCUCCUCCUCCCCAAGAGAAGUUACAUGGUCUCCCUUCUCCUCCUCCUCCCCAAGACAGAUUAUAUGGUCUUCCUUCUCCUCCUCCUCCCCAAGAGCAAUUAUAUGGUCUCCCUUCUCCUCCUCCUCCCCAUGAUGAACCAUGCCAUCCUCCUCUUGGUCCCCAUCAUGGACCACACUGUCCUCCUCCUCCUCAUGGACCACAUCACCACCAUCCUCCUCAUCACCACAGACCACACUGUCCUCCCCCUCCUCACGGACCACAUCACCACCAUCCUCCCCAUCAUGGACCACACUGUCCUCCCCCUCCUCAUGGACCACAUCAUCACCAUCCUCCCCAUCAUGGACCACACUUUCCUCCCCCUCCUCAUGGACCACAUCAUCACCAUCCUCCUCAUCACCACAGACCACACUGUCCUCCUCCCCCUCCUCAUGGACCACACCACCACCAUCCUCCCCAUCAUGGAUCACACUUUCCUCCCCCUCCUCAUGGACCACAUCACCACCAUCCUCCUCCUCAUGAUGGACCAUAUCACCCUCCUCCUCCAGGCCACCCUCCUCAUGUCCAUCAUCACUAUCACAGACAUCACUACAACAAGACCCGUGUCUCAGGAAAGCACUUUCCGUUCCCAAUCACAGGAGCUGUCUAUCGCAUCCCAGUUCAAAACCAGCAGGAUUCUCUCACACCUCCCACUGCCAACUUUCCUGAGCUGUCCCAAAGCGGCCCUCACUCCUCCAGCCCUGCUGAAUAUAUUCCAUUUGCUGGCUUAACUCUAAAGGAGAUGCCAGAAGCUCUGGGUUUUCCAGAUCAACAGUCAAAGUCAUGCCCCGGAACCCCCAAACUUGUUCUUCCAAAACUUUUGCCUUUAUUUCCACGUAGCUCCAUGUCAGAAGAUUCUCCUCCAUGACCUCAGAAAAAGACGUUCCUAGUCUGAGAGUUACAGGGCCAAUGACAGUCGUACCAUGAAUGAAAACAGCACACAGAGAAGGGGGAAAAGCAUACAAUUUCUAGGGAGGAGAAGAACUGAAAAUAGUGUUUAAGACCAGUAUUCCUACCUGCCUCGUGCUCCCAGCUAUCUAUCUCUGACUCCACUGUCACUGAAAGCCUCAAAAUUCGGAGUCCCUCAGAUAAUGGGAAUGCGUAUCAAUCUCCCCAGCAAACAAUGCUCCUUUAGUUGUAACAAAAAGGAAAAUUCCAUAAUAGUGAAAACUAAUAGUGAAAACUACCAUCUAAAAUCUUUCAUUUUCUCAUCAUCUAUAAUUACAAUGUACUUCUCUGAGGAAAUCUGACCUGGAGAAAAUUUGGUCGCCUUCCAUAAAACAUGAUCCAUGGCACUACUUUCAUGCUUUGUAAAGAUUCAAAGAAAAUAAAAAUAUGACAGCUUUUGUUUUUUCUCUUGA